AUGAUGGCCACUUACCAAAACCCAGAGGAUGAUGCAAUGGCUUUAAUGAUCCACGACACCAACACGACCAAGGAGAAGGAGAGACCCAAAGAGGAGCAGGUCCCGGAGAAAGUCCCGGAGAAGCCAGAUCCGUCCCAGAAACCUCCGUACUCCUAUGUCGCUCUCAUCGCCAUGGCCAUCCGGGAGAGCACGGAGAAGCGCCUGACUCUGUCCGGUAUUUACCAGUACAUCAUCAGCAAGUUCCCCUUCUAUGAGAAGAACAAGAAAGGCUGGCAGAACAGUAUCAGGCACAACCUGAGCCUCAACGAGUGCUUCAUCAAGGUCCCACGGGAGGGCGGCGGGGAGAGGAAGGGGAACUACUGGACGCUGGACCCGGCCUGUGAGGACAUGUUCGAGAAGGGGAACUACAGGAGGCGCCGCAGGAUGAAGCGGCCGUUCAGACCUCCGCCGACGCACUUCCAGCCGGGGAAAUCCUUGUUCGGAGGAGACGGCUACGGCUACCUGUCCCCGCCCAAGUACCUGCAGUCCAGCUUCAUGAACAACUCCUGGUCGCUUGGCCAGCCGCCCACUCCCAUGUCCUACACGUCCUGUCAGAUGGCGAGCGGCAACGUGAGUCCAGUCAACGUGAAGGGUCUUUCAGCCCCCUCAUCGUAUAACCCUUACUCCCGUGUGCAGAGCAUGGCGCUGCCCAGCAUGGUGAACUCUUACAACGGCAUGAGUCACCACCAUCACCCGGCGCAUCCCCAUCAUGCUCAGCAGCUGAGCCCGGCCACCGCGGCGCCGCCCCCGGUCUCCUCCAGUAACGGAGCGGGCCUUCAGUUCGCGUGCUCCCGCCAGCCCGCGGAGCUCUCCAUGAUGCACUGCUCUUACUGGGAACACGAGACCAAACACUCGGCGUUACACACGAGGAUUGAUAUUUAA